UGCUUUAGAAACGUUUGAAAAUUAUUUAUCGUCAAUUAAAGAUGCAGAAAAAUAUAGGCCGGGUUAUGUAGGAUUGUUAGUAUGGCUUUAUGAGAAAGUUGGUAAACCUGAAAAUUCUGUUCGAGCUUUAGACCAAGCAAGCACAUUUUGGAAAAGUGGUGUUAUGGUAUUAAAUCUUAUUAACAAUCAUAAAGAACUUAAAUCCGCUUUUAAACUCAAGACCUCUCGGUAUCGUGAAGCAGCUCAGGAUUAUGAACAGCUUGUAAAAGAUGACCCAUUAGACAUUCAAGCAUUAGCUGGACUUGUAGCAUCAUAUUCUCAAUAUGAUGUUAAUCUCGCUGAAAAAUACGAAAGUUCUUUACCAGAUAUUAUUGCAUCUAUGGAAAUUGAUGUAGAAUCUCUUGAAAAAGUUGUACCUGGCGUGAAAAAAAAUCCUGAACGUUGGUUACCAAAACGUGAUCGAUCUUAUAAUAAGAAACUUCGCAGCAAAGGAAAACAGCAAUUAAUGAAAGGAUCACAAGGAGUUGCAGUUGCUGGUGGAGGUAUUGGAGGUACAGGAAGUGCUAAUAUUGCCGGAAAGAGGUUUGUUGCUGCAUCACAACCAGAACAACCUGCGCCUGCACCUACGCAAAAACCAAAAAGUGGUGGGACGUGA